CUCAGCCUGAGUGCGCUCUCACCACUGCUGCUCUCCAUCCAUCUGUCUCUAUAUUUUAUUCUCUCUUUCUCAAUCUGUCACUCCUCUGAUCUUUAUUCUUCCUCCUCUUCUCUUCACUUUCUUCCUGUUUCCUCUCUACCUCAGGUUCUUCCUCCUCUCUCCUCUUUCUGUAUCAUAUCCACUCUUCCUCUCUCCACACGCUCUCUUGAGCCUGAGUGUGCAGCACCUGUGCAGACUGGAGUUUGUCGGGGGCCGAGGCAGAAGGUUUUUUAAAUUUUUUUUGGUGUGUGUGUGUGUGUUGAACAGGGGAGGGAGGGGAGACAACACCCAGGAACACCUGACCAACAUUUCAUCAAGAUAUGUGGAGACUUAGGAACUGAUCUCCUCCUCCUGCUUUUGCCCAGCUGUUUGUUUAUCUGUUUUUUAUUGCAACACCUGGAAUGCUUAACGUGGACUGAUGGAUGUUUCCGAACUGUGCAUCCCUGACCCUCUCUGCUACCACAACCAUGUGGUGGACAGAGUGAAACCUGUGUGUCUGCUGCUCCGAGUGUCCAUUGUGGGACCGUCUGGGCCUGUAAGAACAGCAGAGCAAAGAAGGUUGCUAACCAGAAUGCCCUCUGAGGACCGACAUUUAUCCUCGAGCUGUGGUUCCUACGUCAAAACCGAGCCUUCCAGCCCUUCCUCCUCACUAGUAGACACCGGCAGCCACCACAGUCCCAGUGGCAACUCUGACGCCAGCGGCGGCUACAUUAACGGCAGCAGCAGACACUCACACGCCUUGGACUCCCCGCCAAUGUUCAACCCGGGCAUGCUUGGAGGUGGCGCGGCCUGCCUACGCCGCUACGAGGAGUGCUCCGGCGUUGUGGCGGACGACUCGCCAAUCAAGUGCGAGUACAUGCUCAAUGCCAUUCCCAAGAGGCUGUGCCUGGUGUGUGGCGACAUUGCCUCAGGGUACCACUACGGGGUGGCCUCCUGUGAGGCCUGCAAAGCCUUUUUCAAAAGGACGAUACAAGGGAAUAUUGAGUACAGCUGUCCGGCCACCAAUGAAUGUGAGAUCACCAAAAGGAGACGCAAGUCGUGUCAGGCCUGCCGCUUCAUGAAAUGUCUUAAAGUUGGCAUGUUGAAAGAAGGUGUGCGUCUGGACCGGGUGAGAGGGGGGAGACAGAAGUAUAAACGGAGGUUGGAUGCAGAGAACAGCGCCUACCUCGGUCUCACCAUCCCCCCUCCAGCCAAAAAGCCAAUGACAAAAGAUCGUUUCCCAUCUGUUGGUGUGGAGCCAGAGAAGAUCUAUGCCAUGCCUGACCCCACCAUGCCCGACGGAGACAUCAAGGCCCUGACCACGCUGUGCGACUUGGCCGACCGCGAACUGGUGGUCAUCAUCGGCUGGGCAAAACAUAUCCCAGGUUUUUCCACCCUCUCACUGGCAGACCAGAUGAGUCUACUGCAGAGUGCCUGGAUGGAGAUCCUGGUGCUGAGCAUCGUGUUUCGCUCACUGCCCUGCGAGGACGAGAUCGUGUACGCGGAGGACUAUGUGGUAGACGAGGAGCAGGCGAGGAUCUCGGGCCUGUUGGACCUGCACGUUGCCAUCCUGCCGCUGGUGAGACGCUACAAGAAGCUGCGCAUGGAGAAGGAAGAGUUUGUCACGCUCAAAGCCAUCGCCCUCGCCAAUUCAGACUCGAUGCACAUAGAGAAUAUCGAGGCCGUCCAAAGGCUCCAGGAUUCCCUCCACGAGGCUCUGCAGGACUUUGAGGGCUCCCAGCAUCCAGAGGACCCUCGGCGGGCAGGCAAGCUGCUAAUGACCCUGCCUCUGCUCCGUCAGACCGCCACCAAGGCUGUUCAGCACUUCUACAGCAUCAAAAUGCAGGGCAAAGUCCCCAUGCACAAACUAUUCCUCGAGAUGUUGGAGGCCAAGGCUUGACACCCGGGCCAGAUGUUUGACAGACAGCUGCAUCACCCAAUGGGAGGCGAGGGACAGCGCAUAAAAAAUGAAGGCGGCGUGCCAAUUGAAAGGAAGAAGCUUGGACUACUGAGUCAUUUUAACACUUUUAAAUGGUAAUUAACGUAAAAGAGAAAGGGACUUGAGAUGGUUUUAAAUAGGGUGAAUAUCAACCUGAUUGACAUGGGAUCAUGAUGAUGUAUAUAAAGAUGUUGUGUACAGAAAUCAGGCAACUGAGGUCUUGUUAUAACCAGAGACCCAUUGCUCUAUAUCACCUGAAGCUUCUGUGAAUUUCUUUCUUAUCUUAUUUUCAUCUCAAAAUGGAAGUGUGUCAAUAUAAAUGUCCUAAAGAACUGUACGGCUACGUAGCCACAUUAUGUGUUUUUGUUUCUUUUCUUUAAUAUUUUCUAAUCUGAGUUGUUAAAGCAAUAGUCUCUAACUGGUCUACAUAUAAUAUGUGUACUGUAUAUUGUGUGAAAUUGCACUGGGCGGGGGCGGGGGGGGAGAAUUGUUAGACAUAUUCUUAUAUUCGUCAUCAAAGAAAGCGAUACCCUUCAUGGGUAUGUAAGAUUCUCAAUUUCCUCGUAAUAUAUUUACCUCGUAGUAGCUUCAUCGACUCAGCGGUUUUAGUCAACAUGGUGCUUACAGAAGGACAAUGGUUGGCCAGUGAUCAAGUUCACAAAGAGUUUGCACUAAGCAUCUAUGAAAAACGCGGCAAUAAUGGGUAUUGUGCUAGCGAGCUCUGUCUGGUAGCAUCUCAGUCAGUGUUUUUUUGCUUAUAGUUACUAAAUCCCCUCCUCACUUCUCUCUGUGUUCAGUGUCAUACACACAUUUUGGCAACUAAGCAUACUGUGAAAAAUACACAUGAUAAGCUAUAUUCUGUGCUGAGAAUUUUUAUCGUAAACUGUACGGCUUGUUUUAAAAAACGUUUAUUCUAUUUAAAACCAGGUAAAGGACACAAUAACAGCAGGAUCUAAACAGUUUAAUGCAAUCUAAUCUGCAUUUUAAUGCAACCUGAUAGCCCUGCAAUAAAUACUACCUAACGUUCAGUUUGUUUCAGAUUUGUGCUGAUUCAACUCUCUGGUAAUUUUUGAGUCUAUAGUUUGUGAUGGUGCUGUAUUAGAUUGCAUUAUGUUGUAUAGGUUUUGCUUUUUUCUUGUGUUUAGGUUGUAUUCUCAAACAACAAGUGUCACUAUAUUUAUAGCAUUAGUCCCACAGGUCAUAUGUGAUACCAAAGUCUGCAUGCUAGUCUCACACAUUUAAACACAGGUUAAAUAUUGAGGCUCUGAGAGAGGAAACUUUUAUAUGUUUACUCUGCUGUCACUGAUCUUGAAGAUAAACACAGAAAGAAAUAGAAUAUUUUACAUUCUGAUUUCCUCAUUCAAAGGCCUCAUGUCUUCAUGUGUGGCUGUGGCAAUAUUGGGCAUCAUUUCACUCCUUUUAGUAUAAUUGCCACAUGUGAAACAACUUUUCCAAACUAUGUCAGCAAGGCCAAACCUCAUCUGUACCUAAUAAGGUGACCACUGAGUGUACAUUAACAGCCAACACAACUGCCACAGCUGAAGCUGAGUUAAAAAUAAUAGCUGUUUUUUUUUUAACUGGGGGUUUUAGGCCCCCUCUUGGCAGCCUAUUAAAAAUGUUUGGAUGUAACACUAUAACAGAUUACUAGAAGUUUAAAUAUUUAUGUGCAAAAAUAUAAUGACACUUGUGUUUCUGAGGAUAAUUUGAAUUACCCUAUGAAUUGAAACUUAACAAUAAUAACAGACGUCUCACUGAUGUUCUGUAUCUUAGACAAAGGUUUUUGCUUGUCUUUAAUGAAGGUGCUAACCAUUCAUACUGGCACUGUAUGUACAUUUCUACAAACUCACUGAGGUGCACAAACUUAAGGUAAUAAAUCUGUAUAUUCCAGAAGUGAUAGUAGACUUUUAUAGCGUAAUAUCUAUCAAUUGUAAACCAGUUGCCAAAUUAUUCAAGGAAAGCAAUCAGAAUAAUGUGAUACAGUUAUCAACAUGUUAUAAUAAGAUCAAAAUAAUACAAUAAUAGAUUAAUCAGCUGCUCUUAGGGCUUUAGUGAGACAGAUAUUGUCCCUUAUGAACACUUUAAAGCAGCAGUGUCUUUAAAGUGUUAAGUGCCAUUAGCUUCUGCCCAAACAAGAAGAAAACAUAAAGCCAAGUGACCAGUAACUACAGACAUAGGCCAGUUUCAUUCACCCCACAGGAACAGACGCUAUGGAUUCACUGCAAUGUAAUGCAUAGAUAAUUAUAACCGAAUACAGUAGAGAAUACAACUCCCAUGAUGCAAUUACCUAAAUGUGUAACCAGCUAAGUUGAAGUGAAGGAUGUAUCGCCUCUGUACAGUAGCAAACCAAAGCGUAGAGUCUUCAAAUACUUUAAAAUGAAACACUGAUAAAAUUGCAUUUUGAGCCAGCCGGUAAAAAAAAAAAGUAUAUUAUUAAUGCUAGUUCAGCCAUUCGUUUUUGAGCAUCCUCUUUACGAUGGUGGUGAUAACAGGAUGCAAACCUUUUUAUAUUUUUUGUUCAGUCAAUACAUGCAUUGAUUAAACAUCAGUCUCUUUGUCGAUAUGUGUAGUCUCACUCUGUAGCCUAACUAAGAGAUGAAACUACCAUAAAAAAUGUGAUGUCUUUCAUAUUUUGAUGGUUAAAGGAGAGCGUUUCACUCGACCAAACAAGCUGACCCCCUCUCCUCUGACCAGAGUUCCCUCACAUACCUCCUCUGUCCACUUUGAAGACUGAGCGAUAGCAGAUAAUUGUUUCCCAACUUUCCCUUCUUCUCAAAUUAAUAUAAGAAAAUAAAAGAAAAAUGCUUAAUUUAUUUUCAGAGUUCUAAAACGGUUCUACUGCAUCCAAUUAAUUCUAAUUGUCUCCUAAGCUGAAAUUCUCAAUAGAAAUGGAGCAAUUAAAUUUCUGCUUUGGCUCUACCUUGGGGACGAGAGACAUUUUAUUUCGGUUGACAGUGGGGAGGGUUUGUCUAAACCUUUACAAAGGCGAUUUCAUGGGUGUCUGUAAUAGUUUCAUAACAGAACGAUCACUGGGCUAUGCAAGGCAAAUAUGGCCACCUAUGUUCCUUAUUUUGUGGAGCAUCAGACUGACAUUUAGUUGUGCUUUGUUUACAACGUGGACAUACUGUACAGUGCUGUACACUGCAAAUGUAUUGUGCAUAUUUCACCGUACUAUACUGUAGCUGCUGUGCAUUGAUAUAACUAUGAUCAUUUGUUUAAUUUCUCAUGAUGUAUUAGCAACCCACCCGAAUAGCUGUAUAAUAUAAAUCACUGUACUGAGUCAAGUGAGAAUACGUCCUUAUAUUUGGUCCAAGGUGGGAUAUUCUCUUAUUUUAUUUUCUGUGUCUUUGUGUCUCUCAAUGUUCAUCGAUUUUGGUUAUCAGCACAGCAGGACGUAUAGCGAGUGAAGUAGUCUAGACCCUAUACCUCAAUUCCAUAUUUUGAAAAUUACACUGGGUUUGGAAACGGGCCAUGGCUUCCUCCUGGGAAUCAGUGGCACAGAAAUAAAGUGACAUCACUGACUGGGUAUUAAAAAAAAUGUAGAUGAACCUACUGCAAUUGGGGAGCACAUUCCUCGGAGGAGAAAGCUGCUUAUUCGCUGUUCCAUUUGCGGACUUAUCUUAUCUCCGUGCACUCUGAGAUGACGAGAUUUACAUAAAACAUGGAGGAACCUCCCUGGCCGUUCUAGUCUGCGGUGUAUAAAGGACCCUGCUAGGUGUAUGUACCGUAGACAUGUGAUUACCCAAGAGGUUUACUCCCCUCAAAAGCAAUAUGUUAGUAAUUGUGAUAUAUGAAUCAAGUUAAAAGGGAGCUUUGGUUCAUUUUAAUUAUAAACUUACCCUAUGCUUGGAAAAAGGAGAGGGUGACUAUGCACACACACGUUCACAGUCCUGGUGAGGCAAAGGGAAAAAAUGUGAAAAUGUUGGAACUGAGAAGCAAAAAGCCAACCACAGCUGACUUUCACUGGACAGUUAUUGUGUGGCAUUUUCUUGUGUUUUGUUUGUUGUGUUCAUGCCUAAUGUACCCAUGUGUAAAUAUAUGCUUUUUUUUGGAGUGAGUCAGAUCUAACAGUGCACUGAAUGUACAGUGACAAUAAAAUCACAUGGUUUAUGUAA